AUGACCAAUAAUGGGAAAACUAAAAGUAAAACCGAAAGUAAAGCAAACACGACCACAUCCCAAUGUAAUUCUACAUCAACAGACGAUCAUCCAUUACUCACCGAUACAAUUCAUAUCAAGAAUUUCAAGUGGGAUUCAAACGAAAAUAUAGAAUUUCCAGUAUCAUAUUUGGAUCCAUCAAUAAUUAAACUUACAAGCAGUCCAUUGGAUGAUUACCAGAGGUCCUUCUUUAACUACAUUCUUUUGAAUGAUAAAGAUCUAGAUCUUAAUAUUGAAUAUACAACUUAUCGGACGAGUAUAGCGGAACAAUUCACAUCACCAAUAUACCAAAGUAAACAGAAAUAUUCAAAAAAGCAUGGAAGACAUGCAGGUGGACACAGACGUUCGAAACAUCUAUUAGAAUGUUUCGAAUACCAAUUACCAAAUUUACGACAAUCAUUUCACAAAGAUAGCUCUGAUGAAGAAGAUAGUGACAAUAUUGACUCCCCAGAGAAAUUAUUUAAAGUAUACCGAGAGAGGCUAUGUCUAGAUAAACCAAACACAUACGUUCUUGAUGGUUUCAUCAUUGAAGAUCUUGUAGAGGAUGAAAAAUCAGCGACUGAAAAGGAAAGUAAUGACGCUGAAGGGUAUACCAAAAGUAAUUUAACUCCUAAUACAGAAGGAACUCAAACACUGAUAAAACGAAGCAGCAACGUAAGUUUGCAAAAUCUAAUCCAUCCCGAGCAAUCAAUCAAAGAUAUAACGCUUGAAAAUAUUAGUUAUUCUUUAACCAAAAAUCAAAAGUUUAGGUUACAAAAAAUGGAUCACAACUCAGAGAAAAACCAAAAAAUAAUUAAUCCAAACAAUUGUAUUAUAUGGACAUUUGAGGGUGGUUAUGUUUUCUUAACGGGUAUAUGGAGACUUUAUCAAGAUGUUAUGAAGGGUCUCAUUACCAUACCUCGUAAAAAUUGUACCAAUGAUGCCAUUUUACAAGAAGCAUGUGCUGAGGAAUUUAAAAAAGUGCUGGCCCAUACCAUUUUUAAUUCGACAUCAGGAUCUGAUUCUAAAUCUCAGCAAUCUAAGAAGAGACACCACCCAAACUCAUCAAUACCAAAACCUAACGAAAAAAACUUUUCUGCAUCAAACAAAGAAUCUUCAGAAACAUCUUCUGAUAUUCUAGAAGAAUUCAAUAAGUUAUUUUCUCAAUCAAAAUCAAAAUAUACUGAUCUGCAUUGGAACUCACUUCCAAGUUCUUUGAGACAAGAACUAUUCGAGAGCUUCAAGAAGCAUCUCAUUAAGGAAAAGAAUGUAGCGUCAAAUUUUUUCAAUGGAUUCGAUAUGACACAACUAAUUCAUCGUAUUCGUGGAGGAUACAUCAAAAUCCAAGGUACCUGGAUCCCAAUGGAAAUUGCCAAAUUACUCUGUAUUAAAUUCUGUUUUCCGAUAAGAUACCUUCUAGUGCCCAUAUUUGGUCCAGAUUUUCCAGAUCAUUGUGCUACUUGGUUCCUGGAGAAUCAAAAGAACUUUAAUCAGAUGACGGAAGGUAAUAAAUCUUCAGAAAGUAUUUACAAUCCCAUUACUAAAAAAACGCGUUCAGGUCAUAAAAAUCGUACUUCAACAUUCACAAAUAGUGAUUCCAUACCUAAGACAGAUAGUUUCCAUUCUGAAAGGGUAUCUACUGAUGAUCCAAUGGUGAGAAUAAAUAAUAGAAAUAUACCACAGGAUACCAUUAACAGUUUAUCAAAUCAGGGAGAUGGGAAUUAUAUACAACAUCCAGUUGUUGCGGCUCAAUAUCCUCAGAAUUAUCCUGGAACACUCGCUGCACAAAAUAGAUACCUAUCAAGAGAAAUACCAAAUAAACCAUAUUUACCACAUAUUAACAGUUUAAUCAAUUCUUUACAUGACGAAGUACCUAAACAUAGAGAGUUAUUAGACAUGCCCUAUCAAACUCCAACUUUACAAACUCCUAAUAACGCUGCGAAUAUUCACCCUGGCAAUAACAUUCAAAUGAAUCAAGCAUUCCUCGACGGUACUAGAGGUAUCAAUCAACCAGUUUAUACCAUGUCGACACAUUAUAACAAUAUACCCUCACCAUCAUACCCACAUACUAUUCAGUACCCACAUCCUGUUGCAUACGAUCCUUAUAAUAAGAGAAAUGAUAUUCAUCAGAUGGGUGGUCAGAUUAUUCCUAUUCCGACCCCAACUUACCAUCAAGGAAGACCAAUCAUCAAUCAUAAUCAGCCUCUUUAUGUAACAAACCAAAUGGUACAAGGUCCUAUCGGAGGCCAAGUUCCUACGCCUAACCAGGUUAUGUAUAUUAAUGAAGGUCAACAUAUUAUUCCUCAACAAAUUAUACAAGAUAAUAAUGGGUAUCAAACUGGGCAAUUAUCUGUUAAUCCACCUCAAAAUCCCCAGUAUAAUUCCACGGAAAAACACCGUCAGUUAAACAUGAAUAGUAACAUACCUCCAAUGGGUAUGCAACAACCAAUGCAAUCAUAUAUUCCUCCCCAGUAUAUUAAUAAUGCAGGCGUAAUUUCUCAAGGAAACAACAAUAGAACUGUUCAACAUUCUGGUCCAUACAUUAUACAAGGGCCAAAUGCAGAAAAGGAACAAUAUCAUCAUCCAGGUCAACUACCCCCAAACAACAGACAAAACCCUUAUUGGAAAGAUGGCAGGUAUCAAUAG